CGGGGGUCAGGUCCGCUGUCCGCAUGGGCCUCGCUGUACAGGUGUAGCUGGCGGACGUCGGAGCCCGGCGCGGAAGAGCGAGGCGAGGCGGCUGGGGAGGAGCCUGCUGGAGACCCGCGGUAGUGGAGCCGAACCCGAGAUUCUUUCUCAAUUCAGUUAUGGGUGUGAGAGGUUUGCAGGGGUUUGUGGGAAGUACAUGCCCACAUAUAUGUACAGUAGUAAAUUUCCAAGAGCUGGCAGAGCACCACCGAGACAGGCAUCCUGGAUGUACUCCUACCAUUGUGGUGGAUGCCAUGUGCUGUCUGCGAUAUUGGUACACUCCAGAAUCUUGGAUCUGUGGUGGCCAGUGGCGAGAAUACUUUUCUGCUUUGAGAGAUUUUGUUAAAGCCUUUACCUCUGUUGGCAUCAAGUUGAUAUUCUUCUUUGACGGCAUGGUGGAGCAGGGUAAAAGAGAUGAGUGGGUAAAGCGAAGACUUAAGAACAACAGGGAGAUAUCCAGAAUUUUCCACUACAUCAAGUCAAAAAGAGAGCAGCCAGGCAGAAAUAUGUUCUUCAUCCCCUCCGGGCUGGCCAUAUUUACACGAUUCGCUCUAAAGACACUAGGCCAGGAAACUUUGUGUUCGUUACAGGAGGCAGACUAUGAGGUGGCUUCUUAUGGUCUCCAGCACAACUGUCUUGGGAUUCUUGGGGAAGACACUGAUUACUUAAUUUAUGACACUUGUCCCUACUUUUCAAUUAGUGAGCUCUGCCUGGAGAGUCUCGAAACCAUCAUGCUCUGUCGAGAGAAGCUCUGUGAGAGCCUAGGCCUCCGUGUGGCAGACCUUCCUCUCUUGGCCUGCCUGCUUGGCAAUGAUAUCAUCCCAGAGGGCAUGUUCGAAAGCUUUCGGUACAAGUGCUUAUCUUCCUAUACUUCUAUGAAAGAGAACUUUGGCAAAAGAGGCAAUAUUAUUUUAGCUGUCUCAGACCAUAUAGCCAAAGUUCUUCACUUACAUCAAGGUGAGAAGAAAAUAGAAGAGAUGUUGCCUUUGGGAUCAAACAAAGCUCUUUUUUAUAAAGGAGUAGCAUCAUAUCUUUUGCCAGGACAGAAAUCUCCAUGGUUUCUCCAAAAACCCAAAGGUGUAAUAACAGAGAAGCAAGUACUAUCAAUGAGUUCAAACCCUGAAUCCAAGCAAGAAGUUCCCAUGUGCACAGAUCCUGAAUCCAAGCAAGAAGUUCCUGUGUGGACAGAUACAGAAUCUAAGCAAGAAGUUCCCAUGUGCACAGAUCCUGAAUCCAAGCAAGAAGUUCCCGUGUGCACAGAUCCUGAAUUCAAGCAAGAAGUUUUCAUAUACACACACCCAGAGAUUAAGCAAAAACGACCUGCAGGAACAGACCCUGAGUUUAAUCUAGAAGUACCCAUGCAUACACACACUGAAAUUAAACAAGAAGAAACUAUGGCUAUGGAACCUGAAAUAAAACAAGUCAGCAUGGUUUCAGACUCAGAAAUCUUAGAGGUUGCUAGGAUACAUCAUGUCUGCGCAGAAAGCUACCUAGUGUACAACAUUAUGAGCAGUCGAGAGAUUGAGUGCAGCAACACCCUGGAGGAUGAGCUGGACCAAGCCCUGCCAAGCCAGGCCUUCAUCUACCGCCCAAUCCGGCAACGGGUGUACUCACUCUUACUAGGAGGCUGGAAAGAUGGAGCCAGCACCGGCCCAGUGGUCAAGGAGUGGUUUGUGUAUCCUGGGAAUCCCCUGAAGCACCCAGACCUUGUUAGGCCUCUACAGAUGACUGUUCCAGGGGGAACACCUAGUUUGGAAGUUUUGUGGCUGAGCCAAGAGCCAGCAGCACAGGCCCAGCGCCUGGAUACACUGCUAGCCUGCUUCAACCUUUCCUCCUCAAGAGAAGAGCUUCAGGCAGUUGAAAACCCAUUGAAAGCUCUGUGCUGCCUCCUGAUCUACCUCUUUGUUCAGGUGGAUACUCUUUGCCUGGAGGAUCUGCAUGCAUUUAUUGCUCAGGCCUUGUGUCUCCAAGGAAAAUCGACCUCACAGCUUAUGAACUUACAGCUGGAUUAUAUCAAUUCCAGAGCUGUGCAGCUGGGGUCCCUCUUUGUCCGUGGUCUCACCACCUUGGCAUUAGUCAACAGUGCGUGUGGCUUCCCCUGGACAACAAGCGAGUUCAUGCCCUGGAAUGUGUUUGAUGGCAAGCUUUUCCAUCAGAAGUACCUGCAGUCUGAAAAAGGAUAUGCUAUAGAGGCUCUUUUGGAACAGAAUAGAUCUUGGCUCACCAAAUUCAACAACCUGAAAGCAGUGGUUUGCAAGGCCUGCUUGAAGGAGAACCGACGUAUUGUGGGCAGAACACACUGGAACUCUCACUAUACAGGGAGGUGGGGGAGACAGGGCUCCAGCUGCCACAGGAUGGGCUCCACACAUGGCCAUUCUGGACAAGGGCAGCCAUGGAGAGACCAGGGUCCAGGAAACAGACAAUAUGAGCAUGACCAGUGGAGAAGAUACUAGGAACCCUACAGGGAAGGUCCUCACCUGCAUCCUAAAAGAGUCUGUAGAAGCUCUGCCUUGAUGGCCAAGGUUUGAGUGGUUAAGGUGAGCCUCCUGACUAGGAACCACCAACUUAGUUCAACACGUCUGCUUCCUCCAGAAAAAGUGGGGAGAGAAGGUGCAGUGCCCAGACUGCCCUCCUUGAGAACAGUUUUCAGAGCGUUGACACCCAGCCUCAUCAGCAAGGGGACAGCAGCUGGGGAGAAAUGAAAACUGACCUUUUCAGAGGCUUUUCCUGCAUGUGCUGUAAAAAGCUUUCAUUGGCUUGUUUUCAUAGGUUGCUUCUGAUUCCUUGACCCAAACACUUAUCAGACUCACACAUCCCCUCCCAGUUGUGGCAGGAAUGAACUAUAUCCUACAUUUUCCUAAUACUAAAUUGUGGAAAUGUUUUCCCAGGUCAUUAGUUUUUGAAAACAUUGUCUAAUAGCCAUAUAAUAUUUCAGAAAUUGUUUUUUCAUUAGAAAUCUAACAAAAGUCAAGCGUCUAUUUCUUCUCUUAGUCCUCAGAAGUGUUUAGACAGAAAAAGAACAACCGAAUUCUUGCCUUCCUGUGGGAGAGUUGCUUCUGCCUGCAGGUGUGAGACACAGUGUAUAGGACUCACUGAUGAAUAUGUUUGUCACAUCACUGUCACCUUUUUCAUUUCAACAUGGCAACUUUGGCUCAGAGCUUUUCAUGUGAAGAUGGUCAGGAGUCUGCUGUGAACAUGUUGAGAAAAGGCAGGAACUGCGCUGCCCAAAGCCUGUUAGAGCGCUGCUAAUGAAUGGUGCGUUUAUUGUUCUUUAUCUGUAGUCAUUAGUUUAUUGAUUAAUUUUAAAAAUCCAAAUUCAGAGUAAUUCUUUUCAUGGGAGAAUUUUCAAAGAAUCUAAGAGUUGGAACUUUAAUUUCCACAUUGUACAAAGUUAUGGGCAUUGAUCCUAGAAGGUGCCCUCUGGGUUUGGCUUAGAAGUAAGGUCUUUAAACCUUGAGGUGACUGCCUGUCUCCCCUGGGGACAUAAUAGCUGUGCCUGCCCAGGUCCCUUGAGGCCAUGCUGCAGCUCUGGGGACAUUUGGUUCACUUAGGAGAUGCAAGCACUUCUGGUUACCUGCUGGGCCCUUCCAGUGCUGCCAUCUUUAAAGUCAGUAAGCCUCUAAGCAUGCUCAUUUUCAUCUCUAUGCUGAUGAAUUAUCCAAACCAGUGGCUCAAGUGUGCUGCACAGCUUUCCUGGUUUUACUUUUAAAUUCUUGUAUUUACCAUAAAGGGAUUAUCUCCAGAUACGCGAACACAUUUGUAUUUCUUAAGCUUAAAACAGAACAAAACAAAACUAUAUUAUCUGUGUCUACGAGUCCUGUAGCUUGGUGUGUUCCUUUUCAUUUUGCAACUUUGAAGGAGCUGCUGCUUUAGAAAUUCUAUUUCUUUGCUAUUUAUUUGUGUAACUUUGAAAUGAGUUCCUGAUUCCUUAGACUGAAAGACUUCUAUGAAAGCUGUUUUCCUCAUAGAAUCUGCAUCCUGAUUUGUCAAUAAAAAUAUAAAUAAGGAA